AUACUUACACCUGAAACAACCACAUAACAUUCCCGCCAAAACCAUUUCAAACCCUAACAGAAUCCUUCAUCCAUACAACAAUGGCGUCCACUUUCAUCCCCUCAAUCUUCCUCCUCCUCAUCACCGCCAUCAACACAGUUGCUGUAACCGCCGUACCGGAACAUGAAUACUCUUCGCUACUUUCCGCUCUCCGAAACAGAGGCUAUCACGUCUUCGCCAACGCCAUAACCACCACAGAUCUCUACUACGACAUCAUCAGCGGCGGUAACUUCACCUUCUUCGCACCGAUCGAUUCCGUUCUCUUCACUCUCGACAUGAGCAUGUCCGCUGCCGAUUACACCUCAACUAUGCGUUUACACGUCGUUCCUCACCGCCUCUCGUUUUCAGAUCUCCGGAACCUUCCGUACGGUUUGAAUUCUUUCUCUACGCUUUUACCUGAUCAUCAGAUUCAUGUAGUGAAUCCUAUGCCGUUGCCGUUACCGAUUAUUGUUGAAGGAGUUUAUAUUGCUGUUCCUGAUCUGUAUACUGAUGUGCAUGUUGUUGUUCACGGUUUGGAAAGUAUUAUUGAAUUUAGAUCUAAGAAUGAUACGGUUAAUUCUACUUCGAUUGGUGAAAAUCUUGCACCGGAUCUCGCUCCGACGGAUGUUCACCGCGAAUCGUACCCGCCGUCUCCUGAGGUUGCAGUUCCGGUGAAUGCUUUGGCGCCGAAAUCUUCUGUUGUCACCGGAAUUGACACCGUUGCAUCUCCGGUGCCGGUGCCACAGAAGUCUUAUGUGCCUUUUCUCAGUGUACCUCAGCCGGAGACUAGAUCAGAAUCUAUUAUUCAAUCGAUUCAGUCGCCGGAACCUAAAUCUGAAUCUAUUAUUCAAUCAAAUCAGUCGCCGGAGCCAAAAUCGGAAUCUGUUAUUCAAUCGAAUCAGUCUCCGGCGACGAAAUCUGAAUCUAUUGUUCAAUCGAUUCAGUCACCGAAGCCUAAGUCGGAAUCUGUUAUCCAGUCACAACUGUCACCGGAGGAAAAAUCGGAAUCUAUUGUUCAAACGCAUCAGUCGCCGAAGAGUUAUUUCGAAUCUAUAACUCAACCGAUUGAAGAACACGCAUCGAUAGCUUCGAGAUCUAGGUUUAUUCCUCAGGCAAUACAUCACGUUUCACUGGCUAAGAAAUCGAUAGCUGCGGUUGAGGAGUUUACUCCGGUGGAUGAAACGAUCAUUGACUGUCCUGUAACAGAUGAUGAACGUGAACCGUUGAGCAUUGCUAACAUACGCCGUCGUGAUAAAUACAUGCGUGAGCUCUACAACCCUACCGAAAUGACUUGUGCACAUGAGUAGAUGGUAAGAUGUUAACUGGCUUUGAGUUAGAAUAUAACACUGAUUUUACUGCAAAAUAAUGUUUGAUAGUAGUUACUCGUGUUGUUACAGUUGAUUUUAAUCUUGAAUCAGUGUUAAAGUUGACUAUUAUCGGGUAUCAAAAGGUUUUUUUUUUU